UUCCUUUUGAUGCCCUGUUAAUGGGAAAUUAGAUUUUACUCGAUUUCUUGGAGCAUUUAGAGCCCUCCUGUAUUGUAUAUCGAUUAGCUACAUUGUUUCCAUCGCUCCAAACUGUACAUACAUAUAAGUUUUGCGUGGUGGUAUGAACUCUUGACGUAGAUUCGGUUCCCUUGUUCGUGAGGAAGUCAGCUUCUACGUGCAAGUUGUCUUCAUCGAACUCUUCUUUCCUCGUGUUUCCGACAAUGGUGGAGUGUUUUGGCCCUUUGUGUUCCAUGGGAUGGUUUCUGUACACUUGAAUCUGUGAUUCGGAAAGGGGUACUAAGAUAACUGAGGCUUGGUGUUAGCAACCAUGAUUUUUCUCUCUUGCAGACAAAGGCAUGAUGACAAGUGGGAGCAUGAUCUUUUUGAGGAAGAUGAACCUCGAUUUUCAAAACGCAGAGUUGAUCCCAGAGAUCUUCGUCUGAAGCUCCAGAAGAAACAAAAUGGGUCACAAAGUGAAAGUGGACAGGGGGCUGGUUUGGGUGUGCGGGAUCUACGUGACAAGCUGUCUGGGACAAUGAAUCCGCAACCGAGGAACAGUGACCCACCGAAAUCUAAAGUGGAUGCUGCCGCUAGGCCAGUCAUGAAGAGCGUGGCAGUUGAAGCCCACGAAACAGGGAUUAAAAGAGCUUCCAAUCAAGCUCCAAGGAGGAAAUCUCAGCGGACAGCUGAUGCAUCAGUGGACAGCUUCCUGGAAUCGUUGGGUCUUGAGAAAUACUCGAUCAAUUUUCAAGCAGAAGAAGUUGAUAUGGCUGCUCUUUUGCAUAUGACUGAUGAUGAUCUCAAGGCUAUGAGUAUACCGAUGGGUCCUAGGAAGAAGAUACUUCUCGCUUUAGCAUCUAAACACUGAUGCUGAACAGUUGCUUAGUUUGGUCACAAAGGGGGGUCCUUUUUUUAAAAAAUGUUUGAAGGAUAAAACCUCAGAAAUGAGACUGAAGUUGUAAUACCAUACCAGAGAUGGGCAUCCAGGAAUCAUGUCUUCUUUGUUGUAAUUUUUUUCAAUCAAGUAAGAGAGUUGGCUAAGCUCUUAAUUGAGA